AUGGGCUGCCAGUGCGUGUAUGGUACAGUGCGCAGCGGCGCUUCAAUUGGCCCCGAGGUGCGUCGGGCCAGCGGCCGCAGGACAAAGACGAAAGCCACGCAGAACACUGAACUGUUUAUUAAGAGAGUGAAGAUGGACAACUGGACAGCGGCUCUGCUCACUGGUGUUGCCUGCAUUGUGGGAUACCUGGUUGUGCGGGUGAAAAAGAUCAACAGCCUCCGACGGGCGGAGGAAAAGAUCAAGAGAGCCAGAAACAGGAGAGAUGAGAGCUUGCAGCGGGCAGAGCAGGCGGUGCUCCGGUACAGAAAGUCGCAUCCCACGACUGACUCUGCUUUCAUCCUGACGCUCUCCCUGUCUGAGCUGACAAAGCAGCUGAAGGAAGGCUCACUGAGCCCUGAGGAUGUUCUUUACUCUUACAUGGAAAAGACUCUGGCUGUAAACAAAAAGCUGAACUGCUGCACUGAAAUUUUGCUGGAGAGUUUGGACCAGCUGACAACUGUUGGCUCCAACAAGGAUGGUCUCUUGUACGGAGUUCCAGUUAGCAUCAAAGAAAAUAUUGCAUUUAAGGAUCAUGACUGUUCUUGUGGUGUGGUCAUUAACCUGGACCAGCCUGCUGAAAAGGACAGUGUGCUUGUUGAAGUCCUGAAGAAACAAGGAGCUAUUCCCUUUGUGAAAACCAACUUGGCCCAAGCCCUUAUGAGCUAUGACUGCAGUAAUCCUAUCUACGGGCAGACUGUGAACCCUCAUAACCCCCAGAAGACUCCUGGUGGUUCAUCUGGUGGGGAGGGGGCUCUCAUUGGGGGAGGGGGCUCCCUGCUUGGUAUAGGCACUGAUCUAGGUGGCAGUAUCCGUAUUCCGUCUUCAUUCUGUGGAAUCUGUGGUUUCAAGCCAACUGCUCACCGACUGAGUUUACAGGGUUUUCGUUCAAUUUGUCGAGGACAAAAGUCAGUGGCGUCAUCUCCUGGACCCAUGGCAAGAGAUGUGGACAGCCUGGCUCUGUGCAUGCAGGCGCUUCUUUGUGACCACAUGUUUUCUUUGGACCCCACUGUUCCACCAUUACCUUUUAACAUGGAGAUAUACAGAAGCUCCAGACCUCUAAGGAUUGGUUAUUUGGAAAAUGAUGGCUACUUGCAACCGUCUCCAAGCAUGGCCCGAAGCGUCAGAGAGGUCAAAGCUCUGUUAGAGCAAGCGGGACACACAUUGGUUCCUUACUCUCCACUGAAAAUCAGCCAAAUUGUUCCUGAGCUAUUAAUAAAGGGUGUAUAUGCAGACGGUACUACCACCCUUCUACAAAAACUGAAAGGGGGACUUCUAGACCCUUCUCUGAAGCGGCAGGUUUUUACGCACUCGCUCCCUAAGUGGUUUAAGAAAAUCCUUUCCUUCCUACUAAAACCUGUGUCACCUCGUCUUUCUUCCAACAUGAGUGCUGUUUGUGGAGUUCGAUCUGUUUCCGAUCUGUGGAAGCAACAUGCUGCUGUUGAGGACUACAUUCAAGAGACAAUAGCACAUUGGAGGAGCUGCAAUAUUGAUGUGCUGUUGUCCCCCAUGAUAGGGCCAGCCUGCAGUUUAUUGCAUGCUGACAAAGUUGCAACUGCUGUCAGUUGCACGAUGCUCUACAAUCUCUUAAAAUUUCCUGCGGGUGUAGUCACUGUUUCCACAGUGACUGCGGAGGAUGAGGAGGAACUCAAGCACUAUAAGGGCUGUUAUCAGGACAGUUUUGACAAGUCCCUCAAAGAGGCAGUGACCGGUGGCGAGGGUCUACCUGUGGCGGUUCAGUGUGUUGCUCUGCCGUGGCAGGAUGAGCUCUGCCUGCGCUUCAUGAAGGAAGUGGAACAACUGGUCAAAGAAAGCAAGAAGUAA